CUUUGUUUCAUCUCCAGAUGAAGCUGUCAGUGUUGUUGCUGCUGGCCCUGCAGGCUCUGUCCUCAGCCAGUCCUCUGGACAUUGGAAACAACACAGAGCAGAGAAAUGUCUCCUUCAUGAACUCAGAUCCAAAUGGCAGUCCUGAAAUCACCACUAACAGAUCGAUGCUAACAGAUCUACCUCUUCUGACUGUUGCUAAGCUAAGGCAGAAGAGACAGGUUCAGACUCAGUCUUCUUCCUUCAUGUAUGGUGAUGGCUUUAACCUGGAGUGGGUUACCUGGAACAACUCUCUUCCAAACGAGGCUGUUUCGAUUUACAAUAAUUAUGUUGAUCGCAUUGAUUAUGUCUGCAAAUACAGGUGUGAGGCUGGCUUUUAUACACCCAGCAAGGGUCCUUAUUGCCACCAUACAAACACAAAAACAAAAAACGAUUUUGAGCUCCUGAUGAACAAAGACAACUUUGAUAUCCUGGAGUGGAAGGAGGAUUCAUACGGCUCAGUGCCCCAGAAUUCAGUCAGAACCUGCCCUGGGAAGAACAUAUAUGUAGGAAAGAACAAAUAUGGACUUGGGAAGGUGGUUACUAAAGAUAAGGUAUUCUACCUGCCUUGGGAGGAUUCUGAAUAUUGGUACAACUACUACCAGGUCCUGACCAUCGAUGAGAAUAUAAUCAGUCAGCAGAUCUACGAUGUCAGGUACAAUAUUGAUGAGUCUAAGAUAUAUCACUAUCCUCCAGAGAUUAUGCACAAAUCAACCCUCAGAAACGAUGAAUGCCACCCAGUGGUGAAGACAGAUACCGUCUCAAAGACAUACCAGGUGGAGCAAAGGUGGGACUUCACCUUUGCUAUCAAGAUAGGUGUUAAAACGCAUAUGAAAGCCGGCUUCCCCUUCAUGACCUCUGUAGGUAUUGAGAUCAGCACAGAGAUGAUGUUCCAGUUCUCCGAGGGAACCACGGUGAUAGAGGCCAUCACUGACACUGUUUCUGUUGAGAUCACAGCCCCACCAAAUCACUCCUGCAUAGUUAAUAUGAUGCGGUCUAAGUUUAAAAUAGACAUCCCGUUCACAGCACGCCUCAGCCGCACUUACGGUAACGGGGAGAUCCACACGACAUCCAUCAUUGGGACGUAUAACAGCUUUCAGAUUGGAGAAGUUCGGGCCGAUGUGGAUCGAUGUGAACCUCUAGAGAACUCUGAGCCUUGCAUGUGAAAUGCAAAAAGCCCCACUUGAUGUCUCUGUAUGUUUGAUGGGGGUGAGGGGUUGAAUGCACUUUUUGUAAGCUCCUUUGGACAAAAGUCAAAUGAAUUUAAUGUAAUUAAUAGAAUAUGACUAUAAACAAGCUUUUUUUAUUGGAGAUUUGUACACAAUAAAAUCACAUGGCAUUUUAAAGUACCCUUUCAAUCAAAAAUUGUGUUUUUCUUGUUGUUAUUUCACUUGGAUGUUUAAGCUUUACUGUUUUUACAUUCAUCGGUUGAAGAGGGAAAAUUAUA